AUGACGCAGAAGAUCGACUUUGUUGAUUUUCUCAAGCGCGUACAAAUCUGCGACCGUGCUGUUGACUCCAACACGAAGUUUGCUCGCCGCAACAUCAUGCGCCGCAACUGGGUUCGCCUCUACAAGCUUCUCGCCAUCACCUUCUGGUGGCUCCUCGGCAACAUCAAGUUUGAGAUGCUACUUGUGCUGGCCUUCAACAAGCAGGUCAUUGGGUCCGAGACCGACGACCGCAUGCUGGUUGAUGCCCACGAGUCGGCAACGUUUGCUUCGCAAGCCGCCGUGACGCUCAUCAACUUCUUCGACCUCAACACGAGCAAGAUGAGGCCCAGUCGAGUAUGA